CAUGUAAGGACAUGUCAUUGGCACGUUAACAGGUUCAAGUAAGGACAUGUCACUCUGGCAUGUUUGCAUGUACAUGACAUGUCAACCUUAGAGAGGAAGCUGCUGUGGUUGAUUAUGUUGGGAGUUUGCUCCACGUCUGUAAUGCUCUGGAUGAAUCACAGACAUCGUUCUCCAGUGACUACCGAUGCAUCCUUCUUAUCUCGACAUCACACGAGAGGACACAGAAACUCUGGAAACCGAUGGAUGGUGGUGUCCCUCGAUUCCGUGUACCAGAACGACGUGAGUUACCUGGAUGACGUCAUAGAUUGGAACAUCGUGAUAUCAGGAGCCCAGCCUUACCUGGAUGGGUGCCGGAAACCACGCUGCACCUACCUUCAUCCUAAGAACAUCAAAGAUCUUCGGCUCUACUCAGUACGUCAUAUACAGGAGAAUGGUUACCCCUUGAAGAACAUAGCCUACCUCUAUGCAAUGUCGAAAUCAGCGGAGGUUAUCUACGAUUUGGAAUAUGGCGUCAAACCCACUGUUCCAAUGCACAACUUCAUCUACAGUGAUCACACUCAUGGCCUAAUAUACGCCGGCAACACAAUAUUUAAUCACUACAAACAUUUUGGUCAACCGUAUUUAUCACCAGUUGCAUUCCCAACAUCCAUUAAGGAGAUGCAGUCCAGAUAUUACCAGCUGUGCUAUGUCCCAACACCUCCAAUACAACAAGGCAUCACUACUGGGGAAACGCCUCUUUACCAUGACCAGAGACAAAAAGUAUUAAGAAUCAGCAGAGGAAAGACUCUGGAUCUUCAGUUUGAUACAAUGGCACCUCCUGCGUUUGUCCCUCGGGGAAGAUUUUCUGUAGUUACAUCCGGUAAUACACUUUUUACUCGUGAUGCAUUCUGGGUAAUGCUUCUUCCGUCUUCAGGAGACUCAGUAUUGGAUGGUGUGAUUCGAGGCUACAUUUCCCAGAGGUUGCUAUGGGAGACAAAUGGUUCAGUUGGCCAUAUGGGUGUUACAGCUCAUAGAAACCACAACCCACACAUUAACUUCAAAGAUAAUGACAUUCUGGUGUCAAAUAAAGCCGAUCUUUUGGUGAAUGCACUGGAAACGUGGACAUGUGAUCAUUCAAAUUCACUUCACGAAUGUUUGAGGAACCUUGUCCGACAUGUUGUCAGUAAAGAUAUCCUAGCUGAAGAAAAUGUUGCAUCACUAGAAUCAUGGAUUCAGGAUUUAGACAAUAUGAAUGUCCUCCCCGAUUCCAAAAGGAUAUAUUCCAAUAAACAAUAUAGUAGAGACCAGAACUGCACCAAGAUUCACUUUACACCGAGUCAACACAAUCAUAAGAUAUACAAUCUGACGUCAAUGUCCGUGGUAGCAAAGCUACCCUGGGACAACAUGCCUAUCUGCCCUGAAGCUGAUGAGGUUAAAGAAGCGCUGAGAAGCAGAUCUCCCGCGAAGUACUUGUUCACCGAUGUGCUGCUGAUUGUGGAGAUAAACUACCCACAACUUUACAGCGCUACUCGGACCGUAGAGCCGUUGUAUAGGAGAUACUUCCCCAAUAUACUCUUCUGUGGUCCGAGUAUGGAAUCUUUCCAUGAACACAGCAGUGAUGAGUGGUCCCAUGUGGAAGGCAUAACAGAAGGUUGGCAUUACAUGUACGAUUGUAUUGCUUUUGCUAUGAAGAUGAACUACCGAGCCAAAGGGUUUCUUCAUAUCGGCGAUGACACUUUUCUACAAAUUUGGAAUCUUCAUAAACUACCGCGAGAUCACGUGUGGUUUAAUAACCACCUGCAAGCAUUCAACAGGAGCGUGUUGAACUCACCCUGGAGGUGGUGGAAGGAAAUGGAAGGUAGAAGGAACUAUGAACAGGUGCUCCAGGAACUGAAGGAAAUAUCUCAAAGAGGAGCAGAAGGUGCUGACUUGGCCAACCGCUUUUUCACAAUGUAUGUUCAGAACAGAAAGACUUUGGACAUGAUGUUUGGAUCUACGUGUGAUUUCUAUUACGUACCAAACAGAUUGAAGGACAUGUUUGUGUUCCUCAUUUCAUUAUUGAAGAAGUAUAAAGUGAUUAUUGAAGUGGGGGUUGCUACAGUUCUUCAAGGAAUGGAUAGACGGGAAAACAUCGAGUACGUUCCUGGAAAGCUCAUCUUUGGAGACGACAGGAAUAGAGUCCAGGAGCUGUUUAUUUCGGAUGACUAUUUCUUUCAUCCGAUGAAAUUUGGGCGUUGGUUGAAAACUGAUGACGGAAGGACAUUUUUCUGUGAGAAACUCCUUCCUUUGAUGGAGGGAAGUGUUCAGUUUUCUAAGGAUUAAUCCGUUCACGAGUAGCACAUACUAUCCAUUAAUUCAUUAUUGCAUACUACCCCGUGAAGAUCCGGGUUAGAAUGAACCUUCAGUAACCCAAGCUUGUCGUACGAGGCGACUAACGGGAU